GGCCGGGCGGGGCCGGGCCGGGGCGACCGUGGGGCAGCACCGUGCGGGCGGCAGGGGGCAAGAAGCGGAGACCGGGAUGGCGCGCAGCGGGCGGGCGCUCGGCAGGGCGCUGACAGCGGGGCUUGCCGCCGUGCCGCCACAACGAGCGGCCGCUGUCAGGCACUUGGCUUCUUGUGGUAUUCUGAUGACCGGAAUUUCUCCUUUCCAAGUGCCUGUGCUGAGCCACACCUUCUCAAGGAGUUUCUUCAACAUUGCUGCACCUCUAGUAAAUAGAAGAAAAGAAUACUCUGAAAGGAGAAUCAUAGGUUAUUCUAUGCAGGAAAUGUAUGAAGUUGUUGCUGUUGUGGAGAACUACAAGCUAUUUGUGCCUUGGUGUAAAAAGUCAGAUGUGUUAUCCAAGCGCUCCGGGUACUGCAAAGCACAGCUAGAAAUAGGCUUCCCUCCUGUGCUAGAACGAUACACAUCGGUUGUCACCCUGGUGAGACCACACUUAGUUAAGGCAUCCUGCACUGAUGGAAAGCUAUUUAAUCACUUGGAAACAGUAUGGCGCUUCAGCCCAGGUAUCCCUGCCUAUCCAAGGACGUGCACGUUGGAUUUUGCAAUUUCUUUUGAAUUUCGUUCACUUCUACACUCGCAACUUGCUACACUGUUCUUUGAUGAAGUGGUAAAGCAGAUGGUCGCUGCCUUUGAAAGAAGAGCAUCCAAGCUGCACGGCCCUGAAACAAGCAUACCUCGGGAACUCAUGUUUCAUGAAGUUCAUCAGACGUAACGGGGCAAACUCCGCCACCAUAAACACUUUUUGUACACACCAUUUGUACAGCAGUAUCAUGCUCCUUUUGGGGCACCUCUUUCAGACGUGAGCAUUGUGUGUUAUUUUCUACUGUACAAAACACACGUUCAACUGAAUGUACAUAUUCAAGCUGCUAUCAGGUGCAAUUCAGACUGUUACUAGGCGGUUGGUGUGUACGUGACACAAGGUAACUCAGGCUACCAUUUAGUGGUCUGUCAAACUGCUUCUGUCAUCAUUUUUUCUGCCUCAUCCAAGCCUACAUCUUUCCAACACUGUAAUAUAUUAACUCAAGUUUUA